AUGAUGGAAUGGACUGACAGGCACUGCCGUGCGUUUCACCGUCAGUUGUCGCGACAUGCGUUGCUCUAUACGGAGAUGGUUACGACAGGGGCGGUCAUUCAUGGUGACCGGGAUCAUCUGCUCGGGUUUUCCGGUCUGGAGCAUCCGAUUGCAUGUCAACUGGGCGGUUCAGACCCGGUGGAGAUGGCCGAGUCGGCUCGGAUCGUUGCCGAAUACGGCUAUGGUGAAGUCAACAUCAAUGUUGGCUGUCCGUCCGACCGCGUGCAGUCCGGGCGAUUCGGUGCCUGUCUCAUGCUGGAGCCGGAACUCGUCGCUUCCUGCGUUUCGGCCAUGAAGGAUGCUGUCGAGAUACCGGUGACCGUCAAGUGCAGGAUCGGUGUGGACGACCAGGAUCCCGAAACGGCUCUCGACCGCAUGGCCGAGUUGGUAUUCGAGGCCGGUGCGGAUGCGCUCUGGGUACAUGCCCGCAAGGCCUGGCUAAAGGGACUGAGCCCAAAGGAAAACCGUGAUAUUCCUCCCCUUGAUUAUGAUCGUGUCCUGCGCCUGAAAAAUCGGUUUCCUGAAAUGUUCAUCGGGCUGAACGGCGGACUGCAAACGCUCGACCAGUCGGAGCCAUUUCUUGACACGCUGGACGGUUUGAUGUUCGGCCGCGCUGCAUAUCACACGCCGCAGAUGCUGGGAGAAGUCGACCGCCGUUUUUAUGGAGGCACGACAGGGGACGUCUCACCUUGGGAUGCGGUGCGGGCUCACAGGAACUAUCUGGAAGAACAGCUUGGCAAGGGUGUCAAGCUUGCACGUAUGACCCGGCAUAUGCUCGGCCUGUUUCACGGACGUCCCGGAGCACGGUCAUGGCGGCGGAUCCUGACGGUCGAGGCAAUCAAGCCCGGUGCCGGACUGGAGGUCGUUGACAGGGCCCUGGCCGCAGUCAGCCCGACGGAUCUUGACGUGGAAGCCGCUGAAUAG